AUGGUGAAUGUUGUGUUUGAUAUCCAGCGCUACCAUGUACCACAGUGGGAUGAAGAUGCUGCUGGGUAUGCAUAUGAUUUUCAUGUUACCUUCGAGGAAGAGGAGCUCCAAGGGUCUAGUGAUCAAGAUGAUGCGUUCAAUGCCGCUGAUGAAACAACCAGCUUUGAUGUGAACAAUGAUUUGGAAGAAGAGGGUCUCGAUGGGUUCAGUGAUGAAGAACAUAUUGAACAAGAUGAGAAAUGGUUCAACACCACAAAAAAAGCAAAGAAGUUCUACAUGCUGCCCGAGGAAGAGGAUCCGUUGAGAACAAUCCAUAACAAGAAUUCUAUUCCUAAAUGCAUGCUCCUAUGUGCAGUAACUACUCCAAGAUAUGAUGCUGAAGGGACAUGCUACUUUGAUGGCAAACUAGGCAUAUGGCCCUUUGAACCAGCACAAAGAAGGAGCAAAAAUAGAGAAAAGGGUACUCAAAUCACCAAGCCAAUCAAUGUGACAAGGGAUGUUAGUAGAAGCUUCCUUAUCACAAAGGUUCUUACAGCUAUUGUUGCAAAGUGGCCCCGGGAAGCUAGAGGAGAGACAAUCUGGAUCCAACAAGAUAACGCACGCACACACAUAGAACCAAAUGAUGAAGCAUUUCGUCUUGCUGUUCAACAAACAGGGCUAGACAUUCGCAUAUUCAACCAGCCACCGAACUCACCUGAUUUGAAUAUUCUAGACCUCGGUUUCUUUGCCUCCCUACAAUCCAAGACCUUUCUUACACAGUCCAAGAACAUGGAUGAUUUAAUUCAGAAUGUGCAAAGAGAGUUCAGUAGUUAUGAUGAAUCCAAAAUUAGAAAUGUCUUCUUGACUCUACAAGGGUGCAUGAUAGAAGUCAUGAAAAAAGGAGGAGGAAAUGGUUACAAGAUCCCCCAUAUGAACAAGGAUGCGCUAGAGGCUGCAGGAAUGCUUCCCAACAGCCUUAGUGUCGAUCCAGAGCUAUAUCAUGUUGUCCUACAACAACUGGCUAUUGCAUGA